AUGGCAUUUAAUUGAAAGCUUUGUGCCAAGUUAUUUCCACAUGUAAAUGAAACAGAGUGAAUAAAAAAGUCGACCGACAGAGAACGAGAGUAUGAGCAAAUGUGUUGUAUGUCAAUUUGUGCAUUGAAAAUAUGGAACAACGAUCAUUUAUCAUCAAAGUUAUCAUUGGAAGCAUCUUAAUUGGAAUUGCUGUUGCAGCAAAUUACUGUCAACUAUGUCGAAAUCAUGUUGCGUGCCGUCCGAAACGAGGAUUUGGUCGUGCAUGUGGAAGUCGACGUGUCAUUGUGCCGAUGGAUGCAUCGCAACAAAAACUAAUUUUACAAAUCCAUAACGGUAUGCGAAGCAUAAUCGCAUCCGGAUUAUUGCGCGGGUUUCAACCGGCGAAACGAAUGGGAUAUAUUCAAUGGGACAAUGAACUGGCCAAAUUAAGUUUAUUGAAUGCGAAACAAUGUCGCUUCCACUAUGAUAAAUGCCGUAAAACAGUGCGCUUCCCAUAUAGUGGACAAAAUGUCGGCAUCGACCGCGAAACCUACAAAUAUCGCGCUGUUAAUCAAUCAAUUUAUCGCAUCACUUUGAAAUGGUUUAGUCAAUUUGAGCUGGCCGAUGCAGCAGCCAUGAAUUCAUUUCGCGUUCCAGCCGAUCCAAAGAAACGAUUCCAUAAUUUUGCAGCAAUUGUACAUGAUCGUCAAACCCAUGUCGGAUGUGCUGCCGUUAAAUUUAGAAAAAAGAGAUUUUAUUACUUUUACUUAGUUUGUAAUUAUGCAAUGCGAGUUUUGCCGAGGCGACAAAUUUAUGAAACGGGGGUACCGUAUACCGGAUGUGUUGCUGGUAGGAGUAUUGAUUAUCCAAGCGUAUGUGCAAAAAAUGAACCAAUAUUUGCAAUUCCGUAUGCUGAACCGUUUGCUGUUUCACCAGUCAGAGGUCAAGCUCGGGGUAGAGGUCGCAAACGAAAUCAGGUUCGAGCUUCAAAUCGAGCACGGAAACAAAAUCACAGCAGAAAUGGCUGGACAAAUAGAAGAAACACAGUGAAUAAUAAUAAUAAUAAUAUUCGAAAUAAUCGAAGAACAGUGAAACGACGAACUCAAAUUCAACAAACUCCCAAUCCGUUUUCGUUUGGUUUCUUCUCCGGAUAGAUUUAAGUCUUUAUUUUACAACAAAAAAUAUGUUUUAUUUAUCGAAACUAUAAAAGCAUUUUCACUUUUG